ACCAGCUUACUUAACCUCCUCUUACUUCACCUUGUAAUUAGCGUCCCGGGGCAAACGCUGCUAUGCUUCAUCCUUACAAAAACAAUGUUUAUUAAGAACAGUCCGAGGACAUACGCAUUAUGAAUAAUUCCUUUCAUUAAUAUGCCGACAUCUCCGUUUGGAGCCCUGGAAAUCCGAGUGAUUAAUUUAUGACUCUCCCAAGAAUGUCCUCCAAACGCCUGCCUGUUGAUUGCAGCGCUGCAGUCUAUUUAUUAGCUGCUCCAAUGCAAUUCAACACACCCUGACAAUUAGGCCCAUGUUUUGCAUAUCGCCUUACACUUGUCAGCUUGUCUUCACGCUCCACUGCAAAUAGCCUUUUGACGAUAUAGCCUUUAUAGUGAAGCACGAUUUUGAGGUAAUUUUGACUCAAUUUCUUCCCGUUUCCCACUGUUUGAUAGGCUUGAACGAAAUACAGUGUCAGGUUCGUAGCCAAUUAGAGCGAGGAUGUGGCCCUACCACAUUUCAGCGUUCGAGGAAAAAGGGAGUUGUGCCUCUGGCGUUGAAAACGAGCCUAUGCUGCCCCUCAGAAAUAAGUUGGGAGAGGGGGAAAGGAGCGGACUUCUCCUUCAGGAGGGAGUGAUUAAUUAGGUCCGAGGCAAAUACUCGUCCGCCGCUUUGUGUAUCCAAUAAAUUAAGGGCUCCUGAGACUUUUACGCACACAGGUGAAGUGUUUGGAUGCGCGCACAGGAGGGAGCCGUUGCGCGCCUUCUCUGCAGACGCGCCACUUUAUUUAAGGAUAAGCUGGACGUCGACCCGGAGUGUUCCACGUUGAAGAGCCACUUCUCUGACCCAUCGAAGCCCCUCUCUGGAUCGCCUUCAUGUCGUUUCUCAAGACGUUGAGAAACACCAGAGCUCUUUGAUCGAACUCUGAUGGUGGGAAGACAGACGCUCCGAAUGGACAGCGGCACUUGCUCCGGGACGGUGGCGGACGAAAGCCCCGCGUCGAGUCCCAGCUCAAGCCCCAGUCCGGACGGUGGUCGCCGGGAGCUCCAGCGGGCCAGGGCGCUCCAGGGAGGCUGCAGCGGCGGAGGCGGCGGCGGCGGCCUCGGCGGCCUCGGCGGCAGGGGUCGGCCGGCGGCGGCGAACGCGGCUCGGGAGAGGAGCCGCGUGCAGACGCUGAGGACCGCGUUCCUGGAACUGCAGAGGACUUUGCCGUCGGUGCCGCCGGACACCAAGCUGUCCAAACUCGACGUGUUGAUACUGGCCACCACAUAUAUUGCCCAUUUGACUCGGACACUGCAGGAGGAAGGUGCGGAGGAGGGAGAGAGCACAAAACAAACAGAGGCGUUACGCUCAUUGAAGGGUGAUGGCUACCUGCACCCAGUGAAGAAAUGGCCGAUGCGCUCCAGGCUGUACGUCGGUGCCUCCGGUCAGUUCCUGAACAACACACACUCCUCAGAGUCAGAGAAUCAAGGUCCAUCAUCGUCCACCUCCAAGAAAUAAAUCACUCGUGUGGAGCAGUUUCACAAUUGCAUGAGUUGACGCUGUUUCGGCCUCAUCACGUGUCCACUGACUGUAGAACUAUGAUCCUUCACCUGAUUUCACUCCCCCCCCCCCCCCCCCACAAGCCCUACCAGUAGGAAGACGUUGUAAAUUAAUAUAUUACUUGUGAAUUUUUAUUGUAUAUUUUUUUCUCCAACAGAAGGCAUUUUGCAUUGUGUUGUUGUUAUUUUGGCUGAUCCUUGUUUUGCCCUGCACCGUGCAGUUCCAUACAUGUCGCGAUCAUCUGCAGGAAAUUCCGCAGGGUAACGAGUCCGUCAUGCUUGAGGUGUGCACUUUGAGUUGAAAACAUUUGCACUAAAUGCAUGUGUGAAUAACUUAACAUCUGUCAUGUGAAGUGGUCUGUCAGCGAGAGUCAACAAUGAGGGCUCUCCAGCUCAUGUUCCGGCUCAUUUUUACACGCAUGCUUGUAAAUGUGUUUGUGAAUAAAUGACCUCGGUG